CCUAAUGAGUAAAUGAAAGCCAAGCCAAGUCGGUAGCUUCAGUUCAGCCUUAGGCUGUAUUGGGGUUUUACUUUGCGUGGAUGAAAUGAUGAGAAUAAUGAGAUGGUUCUUCUCUUCUUCUCUCACAAACGCUGCCAUCCAUACUUAGCAACACGAGGAUUGGGACAUCUUUUCUUGUUUUGAAAGUAGCAUCUGGGCUUAGAGGAGCGAGCUCCCAGCAAGGAAAUCCAGGAAGAAGAUGAAGAUUGAUUGUUUGAAACAUAAGUUUCUCUGCAAGCAGAAAAGUCUGCUGCUCAAGUUCGUGCUCGCCAUUUUCUUCUUUGGCCUCGCUUUUCGCCUCCUUUUCUCUCAUUCCCCAGAAAUCUCACCCAUUUUAGAAUCCCCUUCUCCUAAGAAGGAUACAGUUCUUGAAGAACCCGUUGUUUCAGCACAAGACGCUGAGGAUGAAGCCACAACUGCAGAUCAAGAAUAUCACACAGAAAAUUGCGAUCUCUUUACGGGGGAUUGGAUUCCAAACCCUUCGGGCCCGGCUUAUACCAACGAAACCUGCGAAUUCAUCGAAGGCCAUCAGAAUUGUUUAACAAAUGGGCGUCCCGAUACAGGAUAUCUAAAUUGGAGAUGGCAUCCGCGAGACUGUGAGUUGCCACAAUUUAGUGCUAAGCAAUUUCUGAAACUGAUGCGGAAUAAACACUGGGCACUAAUUGGCGAUUCCAUAUCACGCAAUCAUGUGCAGUCUUGGUUGUGCUUGCUUUCGAAGGGAGAGAAACCUGUGAUGAUCUACCACGAUGAAGAAUAUAGGUCCAGAAAAUGGCGUUUUCCCUCAUAUAACUUCACCAUGUCAGUUAUAUGGUCACCAUUCCUUGUAGAAGCUGCUAUAUUUGAGGACAUGAAUGGUGUUUCAACUUCUGAAGUUGAGCUGCAUCUUGACAAACUUCAUAGUGAAUGGACAGAUGAGUACCAAAGCUUUGAUUACGUGAUUAUUUCAACUGGGAAAUGGUUUCUUAAAUCUUCAAUCUACUAUGAGAAUGACACCGUACUGGGCUGCCACAACUGUCCUAAGAGGAAUCUGACAGAACUGGGGUUUGAUUUUGCGUACCGCAAAACCAUCCAGCAGGUCCUGAACUUUGUUGCAACUUCCAAUCACAAAGGCAUGAUCUUUUUUAGGACAUCCACGCCUGAUCACUUUGAGAACGGAGAGUGGUUUAGUGGAGGAACUUGCAACAGAACAGCACCAGUUAAGGAAGGUGAGAUAGAAAUGAAGGAUUUGAACCAGAUUCUUCGUGACAUCGAAUUAGACGAGUUCACUAAGGCAGCUGUGAAUGCUUCAAGAAAUGGAGUGAACCUGAAACUGCUUGAUCUAUCGCCACUUUCACUACUGAGGCCAGAUGGUCAUCCUGGACCAUAUAGACAGUUUCAUCCAUUUGCCAAGGGCCAAAAUGCCCAAGUUCAGAAUGAUUGUUUGCAUUGGUGCUUACCUGGGCCAAUCGACUCUUGGAGCGACAUUGUAAUGGCGAUGGUCAUAAAUGGCUAAGAAAACCAGCUAAAUGCGGCGUAGAAUUCUCCAAAUGAGAAGUUCUAAACUUGCUGCUCUGUGCAUACAACUGCUCUCUGCCAUAUCCGUUACAAACAUACUCUGACAAGGCAAUAUUUUCCAUUGUUUAUUGGUUUUCUAUAUCGGAUGAAGGUUUGAGGAAAAAAAUGUAACAAAGGAUUGUGAGCCUCUUUUUACAGCUGAUUUUGAUGAUCAUAUUGAAUAUAUGUGAUUGAGAUUGAUUGACAUCACCAAAGUAGAUCAUGAAUCCUCACAAUUCGUAUGGAAUUUCUUGUUA